UCCUCCAUUCACAAAUUUCUCGAUCACAACUCUAAAAUGCAUUCCCAACCCUCAGAAUCUUACGUUCAUAAUCAAACAAAACAUGAACAACCAAACCAAUCGCCGGAUACCGCCGUCAAAAAGUUCCUCCUCGCCUUUAAUUGUGUCUUGAUGUCCAUCGGCAACUGCGGCGGCCCUCUGAUUCUACGCCUCUACUUCAUUCACGGCGGCAACCGCGUCUGGCUCUCCAGUUGGCUGUUAACCGGCGGUUGGCCGAUUAUCUUACUCCCUUUGGUCAUUAGUUACUUCCAACGCCUUCGCACUUCCGCCGCCGGAACGACGACGGAGUUGAUCUUCAUAAAGCCGCGUUUGUUCUUCGCCUCUGCUGUAAUCGGCCUUCUCACCGGACUCGAUAAUUACCUUUACGCUUACGGCGUGGCGCGGCUGCCGGUUUCGACUUCUUCACUGAUUAUUGCGUCACAGUUGGCGUUCACGGCUGGGUUUGCGUUUUUGCUGGUGAAACAGAGGUUCACGAGCUACUCUGUAAACGCCGUCGUUUUACUGACGCUUGGUGGGGCGAUUUUGGCGUUGCACUCUAGCGGAGACCGGCCGGCCGGAGAGUCGAAUAAAGAGUACAUCGCCGGAUUCUUGAUGACGGUGGGGGCGUCGGUGUUGUACGGAUUUGUGUUGCCGCUGAUUGAAUUGACGUACAAGAAAGCUAAACAAAAUCUUACAUACACUUUGGUGUUGGAAACUCAGUUCGUGAUAUCUUUAUUUGCUACGAUUCUAUGUACCAUUGGAAUGCUCAUCAACAAUGAUUUUCAGGCAAUUCCAAGGGAAGGAACAGAGUUUGGGCUUGGAAAGACGAAUUACUACGUGAUAUUAGCGUUGAGCACCGUAGUCUGGCAAUGUUUCUUCGUGGGUGCCGUCGGAGUUAUCUUCUACUCUUCCUCCCUGUUUUCAGGUGUAGUAAUUGCUCUGUUAUUGCCGGCGACGGAGAUACUCGCCGUCAUCUUUUUCCGGGAGAAUUUUCAGGCGGAAAAGGGCGUCUCACUGGCUCUCAACCUCUGGGGCUUUGUGUCUUAUUUUUAUGGCGAGUUUAAGCAAAGCAGCAAGAAGAAGCUGCAGCUACCAAGAACUCAAGGAAGUGCUAUUCAAAUUCCCAAUGUUUGAAGAUUCUGUAUGUAGGGAGCUACUAGUUUUAGUGAUAAACCACUGUCCAAAAAUAGCAAUAAUAAAGAAGAGAGUUGAAAGUGUAUUAA